AAGAUGAAAGCUUUACACCUUUUCUUCUUGGCAACUCAGAGGCACCAUGUGGUUGGAGCCUCUGAAAAACCAGAAGCCAGUCAUGGCAAAAAUGGAGGUGAAAAAAAAAUUGGUGGGUUGGGGUUCAGUUGGUAAAUUAUGAGAGUAAAUAAAUUGGAUGAAAUUAAUUUUUUCUUUUUUUUAGAAUUUAGUGAGGUGGGAAAGGGUGAAUGGGUAAAAAGCUUCUUCAAUAUGUUUGGCGCCGACUAAUUUACAGCGCUGCAGCUUUAUAAAAAAGGUUUCUCUUUUGCUGAUAAGAAGCAAAGGGAGUCUCUGUUUUGGCCACUAGAAUCCAGCGAGUGAAGUAAAGGGUUGCUCUCCCUCGCAGUUAUCGCCAGCCAUUACAGUUAUGCUUAAGGUCCCAGAUCAUCAAGUUGCUGGCCACCAAGCCGGUGAUGGGAAGCUUGGCCCUCUUAUAGAUGAUUCAGGGCACUUUUACAAGCCUCUUCAGAAUGAUGGGCGUGGAUCCCAUGAGCUAGCAUUCUAUACAUCAUUUUCUACUGAUACGAGGAUUCCAGACCACAUCCGCAAGUUCUUCCCUGUCUUUUAUGGCACUCGGCAUUUAGAGGCGUCUGAUGGUUCUGGCUUGUAUCCUCACCUUGCAUUGGAAGAUACUGUCUCAAGUAGAAUCAAUCCAUCUGUAUUGGACGCAAAAAUUGGUUCCAGAACAUGGUACCCGCAAGCUGCUGAAGAUUAUAUCAUAAAGUGUCUUAAGAAAGAUAGAGAGACCACGAGCCUGGAGCUGGGGUUUAGGGUAUCUGGACUUCGGGUUUAUGGAAACAAAGAAACUGGAUUUUGGAAGCCUGAUAAGAAGUGUGUUCUGAACUUUAGCAUUGAGGAUACUAGGUUAGCUCUGAGGAAAUUUGUGUCUUCUAACCCAUCUACAGAUUCAGGUAUCAAACCAGAUUGUUCUUUUGCAUCGACUGUCUAUGGUGGUCCUGCUGGGAUAUUGGCACAAUUGUUGGAACUGAAGUCAUGGUUUGAGGAGCAGACCAUUUUCCAUUUCUAUUCUUGUUCAGUGCUGAUGGUGUAUGAGAAGGAGUCAAUACUGCAAGGGAGGAAUUCAGGUGCUGAAAUAAAACUCGUCGAUUUCGCGCAUGUCAUCGAAGGCAAAGGUGUUAUUGACCAUAAUUUUUUGGGUGGGCUCUGCUCCUUGAUAAAAUUGAUCUCAGAUAUUGUCACCAGUAGUGCCUGAACCAAAGCAUGUCAGCUCUGUGAGAAGAACAGCAUUUGUACUCAUUUUGUGCUAAUAACAUCAUAGAUUUUCAAUUUCUCUUCUCAUAAUGAUCUAUUUCCUUAUUACUAAAAUAAAUAGACCCAGCUCAUGAUUUCAGGUGUUGAUGUUUUUUUUAAUUUUUCAGAACAUCUAUUGAUCCUAGAUGUAAAUGUGCCAUGCUUAUUCUGGCAAAACUGGAAAGUUGAAAACAUUUUGAUUUAAUUGCCUCCA